ACACUGAGGACAUGGCUUAACCAGAAUUAUAACAUCUGACGGCAAACGUAGUCAAUCAAAUAGACUUAUGAAGCAUACGUCUACGUUGAUUUGUAUAGAACAUGGCUUUACAGUCGUUUUACUUGACUGCUGUAAUUUAAGUAAACUUUUUAUGAGCUGUGUUUUGCAUUCAUUUUACAUUGAAUUUGGUUAUAAAAAUGUUAUUUCACAGUGUUGUGACAAUGUGUCCAUUAAUCAACAAAUCAACAUUACGUGAAAGUAAUUUAUUUUUGGAGAACGCAGGCGUCACAUGGAACUAUUACGACAGUAGCUCGGAGAGAGAGGACGUUCAUAACGUGAACACCUAUUUCCGGUUCUCUUGUAGUUCUUGUUCGAAUUUAAAAAUCCUAACGUCUUGAUUUGUUCCUGAGGAUGUCCACGCUGUUCCCUUCCCUUUUCCCCCGGAUGACCGAGUCACUAUGGUUUAACCUGGACCGACCUUGUGUGGAUGAAAAUGAGCUUCAACAACAAGAGCAGCAACACCAGACCUGGUUGCAAAGCAUUGCUGAAAAAGAUAACAAUCUGAUGCCAAUAGGGAAGCCUGUUUCUGAGACGUAUGACGAUGAGGAUGAGGAGGAUGAUGAGGAUGAGGAAGAUAGUGAGGAGGACUCAGAAGACGAUGAGGACAUGCAGGACAUAGAUGAGAUGAAUGACUAUAAUGAGUCUCCCGAUGACGGAGAGAUCAAUGAGGUGGAUAUGGAAGGUGCUGACCAAGACCAAGAUCAGUGGAUGAUCUAGAACAUCUGCAUUUUAACCUGUUUUUUGCACAGGACUUUGUCUUCAGAUGUGAUGGAUUACAAAGUCUGGAAAGUACAGGCUGCUGUUCAGUUCCUUGAUACAGAUUGGAAAACUGCUUCAGGCCACAGGGUUUUCCAUUUUGUUUUUAAACAGUGUGCCACUUUUCAGUGGAGAAUUAGGCAAAUUAUUUUGUCUAAUAUACAAUUCAUGUCUGGUAUGUCAAUAUCUAGAGGACAUACGUUUUAGGUUUUGUGAUAUUGUGUGCCACUUUGGUAGAAUCAGAAUAGCUCUGGUAAGUGUUUCUGUAUAUAUUUUUAAAUGCUACGUCAGUUGUCAGCCAGUGGCCGAUGGCUUAUUACUGCUGCUUCUGAGUCUAGUUUAGACUCGGCAUGUGAGCCGAGGAAGAGUAAAGGGCACUGCAGAAAACACUCUGACCUUCCAAAACUGAUUGCAUUUCCUGUGUUUGGUCUACAUGAAUAGGUGCUAAAAUGUCAAGGACUCAUUAGCGAUGCUACAGUGAAGUUCAUUCAGUGUAUACCUUCUUCAGAAUUGCACCAAAGUUAAGGUGUGUCAGUACCUCAUUCUAAUUCUGUAACUACUGGGUAACAUGUAAUAAACUGUUCUAAAUUAAAUCAGAAAUAAUAUAAAGCACCAUUAUAAAAUAGUGACCUAUUUUAUACAAUGCCAAGGGAUUAUAGGAUAAAAGAGCAUUGAUUGUAGUUUAUGCCCUUCAGAAAGAAUACAUUUUAAUUAUA